AGGCGACUAUUGCAGUUCUUAUCUGGUUGUCAUAACGUCAACAAGGUGUUGACUCACAAUCGUCGAGUCGUUUUCCGAUUUAGUCGCUGUUUGGCCGAAUCAACCGAGACGGGUGCGUACUAGUAUUAAGUACCAUUGGGAUGCCUAACAAGCAAGACAAUUUGGAAAUAGUUCACGAGGGCUGGCUUACCAAGUCUCCGCCCGCAAAGAGGAUCUGGAGAGCCCGCUGGAGGAGGCGUUGGUUCGUCCUAAGACAUUCGGGGGAAUUGCCAGACCAGUAUUUUCUAUUUUACUACACAGACAAGAAUUGCCGGACGCUCAAGGGCCAGAUAGAUUUAGACCAAUGCGAGCAAGUCGACGCGGGCCUCCAGUUCGAAAGCAGUAAGCAUAAAUAUCGUUAUAUGUUCGACGUGCGCACUCCGAAGAGGACUUAUUAUCUUGCAGCGGAGACGGAAGAGGACAUGAACAAAUGGGUGGAAUGCGUAUGCCAUGUAUGCGGUUUGAAAGCAUACACUCAGGAAGAAAAUGUGUGCCCUUUCGGAUCUGAAGAAAGUUCUUCUUUAGCCGAGGAACUGAGUCAGGUAGCUGAGUCACCACCAGUAUCACCUUCCAGCACAGCUUCAGGCCCUUAUAUUCCGAUCAGUGAAUGUAUAACCGGAAAGCCAUUGGUCCAUAAUAACUACAAUGAUGAAUUUUAUGAUUCGCCGCGUAGAUUACAGCCUCCUGGGGAUCUUGAACUAAGGGGGUCGCUCUCGGCGACACCUCCGCUCCAAAGUCCUGGGACAGAUGUCGAAAGUGUAUUUACAGAUGAAGAAUGGCCAAAUCAGAGGCCUUCCGUUAACUGGGAUACGUUUCCCCACCCGUCAGACAGUUCUGUUGAAGAUGUCAAACCAUCUUUGAUCGUUGGAAAAAGGAGGUAUACCAAACCCGAAGCUCCACCACACCCUCCGAAACCACAGCAUUUGGUUUUGCACGAUGCUAACGACAUCCAUACGUAUUCCAAUUUGGACGAACCAGUCCAGAACGAGGUUACCCACAGUACAGAAAAUGUGAUAAAUGAAAUGUAUGAUUUUCCCCGAUCUCAUCAUCUAAACGGUGAACAAGAGAACAUCGAUCCAGUCCCGGCUCCCAGAUCACGACAUUGGUACACUAAUGCAGCGCCUAGUCAAGUCGGUACGGUUUUCAGGUAUGAUUUCGCUUAUAACGACGAACCGGCCUCUCCUCACUCAGAAGCAUCCAGUGCUCAAUAUUCCAAUGUUUCGAGUCCUUUAUACUCGGGAAAUCCUCCUGCAGUCAACCGAGGGUUGAAACCGGGGCGUAAAACUUCAGAAUCCAUCUCCAACGAACCUUCACCUCUUCAACCUAACGUCGACCUGAAUCUUUUGAGGAACUUAAAACCCUCAGCAUCAGCGCGCGCUAAAGACGAUCAUGUACCGCUCAAACUGAGCGCUCCUCCAAGAAGAAAUGAUUACUCUAAAAAUACAAGGAUUCAUUCUGGCCAUUCACCUACACUUUUGCCAUUUACUGAAAACAGUGACGCAGACACUUCACCUGAGAGUCAUGAACAGGCCCUUGAAAAUGCUUGUUUUUCUGCUUUCGCCCCGAUGAGUAUUAGAGGUGGAAAACAAAAAGAAAUCCAGUAUCUAGAUCUCGACCUCGACACGCUCGACUCUACUAAUCCUUCUACUUCUGAAUCUUCCAAUACGGUUUAUAAAGAGGUGGAUUUUGUAAAAACAGAAGCUUUCAACAGAACUAGGCAGAGGGUAGAAGAAGAAAGGAAAAAUGGACCUGACAAUGUACUUUGAGUUUGUUUAUAAUAGAUUACGAAUUCAUUUUUUUAAAUUAUUUGUACAGGUAACAAAAAAUUGAGCUUAUUAUAACAAAGAAUGGGCGGAAAUAAAGAUACCUAGGGCUAUAAUUGUAAUAUUUUCAAACCAUUUUAUUAUUUUUUUUUUUUAACAAUGAUUCUUGUUUUAAGCAGAGUACAAUUUUAAUUAAUGAAUUUCACUUCGUUACAUUUUUUUUAUGUACCCUAAUUUUAAGCCCUAUGUUUUUCUCUUGUCUCUGUAAAGUGUUAAACAUGCUCAAAUAUAAUUAUAGCAUAACUGGAAAACCUUUUUAUUCAUUUAAUAAAUUACUAUACUAGUAUCCGUUUUUUUUAAGUCAAUAAUAUAGUUUUUAAAUUUGCUUAAAUUUUGUUGCAAGUUUUACUAUAUCAUAAUUUUUUAUUUUGUUUAACCAGAAUUGCUUUAUUAGAAUAUAGCUGAUAAAAUGUAUUAAUUAGCUAAUAAUACGAUUGUAAUUUGUUUUAUCAAAAUGGAUGAAUGUUAUUAAAAAAAAAUUGUUAUUGUAUUUGUACUAAAUUUUAAAAAUCAAUAUAGUACCUUAGGUGUCCAAAUGUUUUAAUGUUGUUAGUUAUAACAGAGUUUAUAUGCAUACGAACAUAUGUAUUUUUAAUAUACAUGACAAUAUUUUUAUUGAAUAUUAUUCAUUAUACCAGAUCAUAAUAAUAAUUAUUUAUUUUCUUAAAAUGAAAAAAAAAUUAUUAUAGGAAAUAGUAUAAUGUACUUCAAUGUAUCAAACUUUACCUGUUAAAACAAAUAUAUAUAUAAAGUUCUUUUAUAUGUUUUUUAAUGAUAAUUUAAUAUUACAUUAUGGAAUAGUGAAGU